AUGAGAUUGUCGGUCGGCUCGGGCGGGGCCGAAGCGGUCGAUCAUCUCGGCGGCGAAGGCCUCGACCUCUGGUUCUUUUCCAGAUCGUUGAGGCGACGAUACAGCCCCAUGCGCAGGUCGAGAUCAGGGGACGUAAUCGUCGGGGAUCAGGAUCGGCGCAUCGACGGUGAUCUGAGGGCUGAAAUCGCGCUUGGGCUCGAACGCGCCGCCGGCCUUGCCCUCGGGGAUCGCCCUCUUCAGCAUCGACUGGUAGAGUUCAUAGCCGACCUCCUGAUAUGCCCCGGACUGUUCGUCGCCGAGCAGAUUGCCCGCCCCGCGAAUAUCGAGGUCGUGACUGGCCAACUGGAAGCCUGCGCCCAGCGAGUCGAGGUCGACAGACCUUCAGCCGCUUCUCCGCCGCCUCGGCAUAGGCGCGCGUCUUCGACCGGCCGACGCGGCCGCGCAACUGAUAGAGCUGGGCCAGCCGAAACGGUCGGCGCGGUUGACGAUCAUCGUGUUGGCCGAGGGAAUGUCGAUGCUGCUUUCGAUGAUGGUGGUCGAUACCAGCACCUCGAACUUGCGGUCGCGACAUCUGGCCGUGCCGCGCGACGACAUAGCGAACCUCAGGCACCUCUUUCCGCAGAUAUUCCUCGAUAUCUGGCAGGUCGGCGACGCGCGGGGUGCGCACCGCGAGGCGGUCGACCGGCGGCGUCUGGAUCACCGACAGUUCGCGCAGCCCGACAUCGCCAUUUGCAGCGUGCGCGGGAUCGGCGUCGCGGUCAGCGUCAGCAUAUGAACGUCGGCCUGAGCGCCUUCAACCGUUCCUUUGUGCGUCACGCCGAACCGCUGCUCCUCGUCGACGAUGACGAGGCCCAGCCGCUUGAACUCGACAUUCUUGGCGAGCAGCGCAUGGGUGCCGACGACGAUGUCGAUAUCGCCCGAGGCCGCGCCGUCGCUCUGACCUUCUUCGCCUCGCUCGCGGUGACGAGGCGGGAAAGGCGGCCGAUCUUGAUCGGAAGCCUCGAACCGGGCCGAAAUUGUUGUAAUGCUGGCGGGCGGCAGGGUGGUCGGGCAGACCACCGCACCUGCAUCCCCGCCAUCGCCGCGACGAGCGGCGCGCAACGCCACCCGGUCUUGCCGAAGCCGACAUCGCCGGACGACCCAGCCGGUCCAUUGGCUUGCCCGCGGUCAGGUCGCCCAGCACAUCGUCGAUCGCCCGGUCCUGAUCGUCGGUUUCCCCUCGUACGGGAAGCGGUCGACGAAUGCCGGAUAGCCCGCGCUGUCGGGCUUCGGCCACUCGCCGGGGCGCAGCGCGCGUUCGGCGGCGGUGGCGAUCAGCUCACCCGCGAUCUCGCGGAUGCGCUCCUUCAUCUUCGACUUGCGACGCUGCCACGCCUCGCCGCCCAGACGGUCGAGCGUCGCCCCGUCCCUCGCCCGAGCCAUAGCGGGUCAGGACUUCGAGGAUAG